UUGGCGGCGAGCCCAGGAGGCGGCCGGUUCCUUCCCCUCCCGUGGCCGGCAAUGGUGACAGUUUGAAGUGGGGCAACGGUCAGUCAGUGCGCUCUUCAAUCACUCGGCUGCGAUGGAGGCGCUGAUUCCCGUCAUUAACAAGCUGCAGGAGGUGUUUAACACGGUCGGGGCCGAUAUUAUCCAGCUGCCUCAGAUUGUGGUGGUGGGGACACAGAGCAGCGGAAAAAGCUCAGUACUGGAGAGUCUGGUAGGUAAGGACUUGCUCCCCAGAGGCACUGGUAUUGUCACUCGAAGGCCGUUAAUACUGCAGCUAGUGAAUGUUUCCCCUGAGGACCAGCGGAAAGGAGCAGGCGAUGAUGAUGGAAUUGAUGCAGAAGAAUGGGGAAAAUUUCUUCAUACAAAACACAAGAUCUACACUGACUUUGAUGAAAUAAGGCAAGAAAUAGAAAAUGAGACAGAAAGAGUUUCUGGUGGCAAUAAGGGUAUUAGUAUUGAACCAAUUCACCUCAGGAUCUUCUCACCGCAUGUGGUUAAUUUAACACUUGUCGAUCUUCCUGGAAUGACAAAGGUACCUGUGGGUGAUCAACCCCGAGACAUAGAAGUGCAGAUAAAAGACCUGAUACUACGCUACAUCAGCAAUCCAAACUCAAUCAUCUUAUCUGUCACUGCUGCCAAUACUGACAUGGCAACCUCUGAGUCACUUAAAAUUGCCAGGGAAGCAGAUCCAGAAGGACGGCGAACGCUUGCUGUUAUCACGAAACUGGAUCUUAUGGAUGCUGGCACUGAUGCUAUGGACGUGCUUAUGGGAAGAGUUAUUCCAGUCAAAUUGGGUAUCAUUGGAAUUGUCAGCAGGAGUCAGCUAGACAUCAACAAUAAGAAAACUGUAGCAGAUGCUUUAAAGGAUGAGCAUGCUUUUUUACAGAAGAAAUACCCUUCUCUUGCUAACAGAAAUGGAACCAAGUACUUGGCCAAAACAUUGAAUAGAUUGCUAAUGCACCACAUCCGAGAUUGCUUACCAGAACUUAAGACCAGAAUAAAUGUCCUUGCUGCUCAGUAUCAGUCUUUACUGAACAGCUAUGGUGAACCAGUGGGGGACAAGAGUGCAACAUUGCUGCAGCUCAUCACCAAGUUUGCAGCCGAGUAUUGCCACACAAUUGAGGGAACAGCAAAAUAUAUUGAAACUUCAGAACUUUGUGGUGGAGCACGAAUAUGCUACAUUUUUCAUGAAACUUUCGGACGUACUUUAGAAUCAGUAGAUGCGUUAGGUGGUCUCAACACUAUUGACAUUCUCACUGCAAUUAGAAAUGCCACUGGUCCACGUCCAGCACUUUUUGUCCCUGAAAUCUCUUUUGAGUUGUUAGUGAAACGACAGAUCAAACGCUUGGAGGAGCCCAGUUUAAGAUGUGUUGAAUUGGUCCAUGAGGAAAUGCAGAGGAUUAUACAGCACUGCAGCACAUACAGUACGCAGGAAUUGCUCCGAUUUCCAAAACUCCAUGAUGCCAUAGUCGAGGUUGUGACAUCGUUGUUGCGCAGGAGAUUACCUGUUACUAAUGAUAUGGUCCACAAUCUAGUAGCCAUUGAACUUGCGUACAUCAAUACAAAACACCCUGACUUUGCAGAUGCCUGUGGUGUUUUGAACAGUAACAUAGAGGAGCAAAGGCGUAACCGCUUAGCAAGGGAGCUAGGCUCUGGUCUGCCUCGAGACAAGCCUUCUAAAGCUCCCAGUACUGUGUCUGCCUCUUCCCAGGAGACGUCUGCUGUUGCUUCUGCUGAUUUUGAAGGAAAGGUUUCAGGGAAAGAAGUUCAAAUACAAAAUGGAAAUCCAGAUAAUGUAUCAACUGGCAACUGGAGAGGAAUGUUGAAACCAUCUACUGCAAAGCCAGAAGAAGGAUCUUCUGAAGAAAAACCUAAACAUCCAGGUCCUGGGAGUCCGCAUAGGGGACUAUCAGUAAAUUUCCUUGAUGUGCGUGUUCCUGUCUCACGUAAACUUUCAGCACGGGAGCAACGAGAUUGUGAAGUUAUUGAACGACUCAUCAAAUCCUACUUCCUUAUUGUGAGAAAAAAUAUCCAGGACAGUGUGCCAAAGGCUGUGAUGAAUUUCCUAGUCAAUUAUGUGAAGGAUAAUCUUCAAAGUGAAUUGGUUGGUCAACUCUACAAAUCAAUGCUGCUGGAAGAUCUUCUUACAGAAUCAGAGGAUAUGGCCCAACGCAGGAAGGAGGCUGCAGACAUGCUAAAGGCCUUACAACGAGCUAGUCAGGUUAUUGCAGAAAUACGGGAAACACACCUGUGGUGAACCUUUUGGCAACACAUCCUAGCGUUACCUUGGAUGGAUGCAUCAACUACUUGAAUGCUGCUGAAUUGAAAAGUGCACUGUUCAUUUGCUUACUGUGUAAAAAUGUAUUUAUGAACUUUCAGCUGUGGUACUGUGAAGAAAACUACAGAAAUUCAACAUCGUAAAUGUCAAGCCCUUAAUGUAGUAUUUCUUACUGAGCUUGUGUAAUAUUUGCUUCAUAGUUCUGUGUGGUAGAAAGCACAAUGUAAGUUUAAAUUGGAAAUAGAAAUCUUUGGAAUCACAAAAUCCACUGAUCUUGCCUCCAUUCCAGCUUUUUGAUCUCUCUGCAAUGUUUGCUCAUUACGUUGGCAUUUAAGGUUAUACAGUACAUAAGAGUUUAAAAGAAAUAAUAUUUUGCAUUAGCCAUUUUUGCCUAUAAAUCACAUGAAGUCCCCACGUAAUCUGCAGAAAUGUUCCAUAAGGUGUAUGAGAGAUCUUUUUACUGAUUUCUAGGUGUCCAUUUGUCAAGAGCUCAUGGCCAAGGACCAAAUAUUUACAUGUGAAGAUUUCUUUCUGGUCUGCAUAAGUUGCCAAUUUUUGGAUUUAGUAAAUUCUAGUAUAAUUCUACCAGGUAGUUCAUGAAGCAGGCCAAAUUAUAACAAAAAUGAAGACUUAUGAAUGAGUGAGAACUGUGCUGAGACAGUGAGCAGCACACUAAGGCUUGUCUGAGCAGGAGAUGUUGAAAGCAAGUUAGCAUGAUGACUGAUUCUGAGAGGAAAAAGUAGUAAGUGACAGAAAACCCUUCAGACCUAAUGCAAGUGAAUUAAGGCUGUUAUAUCCCUACUGGGCUGGGUUUGGAUGUUGAAGCGGGGAACUUCUGUGACAAUCAUUUCUGAUUGAAUAUGGUCAUGAUGUAAGAAUUUAUGCUCAUAACUACAUGAAAAGAAAAAUUUGCUGUUCUAUCUAUCAGUGAAGGUAUCACAGGAGAACAAGAAUUAGCUAUACCCUUUUCCCAACUCAAACCAGAAAUAAUUACUCAUACAUUAUUUCUUUUAUGGCUGGCUUCCAGACUUCAGCUCCCAUUCUUAGAUAAUGCAAUACACUUGGUAGAAAUGGCUAUUUCAUCUCUCAAUGCAUUAGGCCUUCACUUACCACUGAGUGCUAAAUGCAUUUACAUUACUAAGUGAUAAAUUUCUAUUUGAUAUUUUGCAAUUUGAUUUAGGACUUUUGAGAAAAACUCUUUUGUUACAAUUUUUUCCCAAUUUCUUUCAUUCUUGCUUCAUCUUUUGAAAAAGAAAUUGUAGUAAAUGUUAGGAGUCAAGAAAUGACCAAUUCCGUUCCAAGCACGAAUAAUGCUGGGAUAGUUCCAGUUUCUACUGGUUGUUAGAAAAACAUAACUAUUUGUGCUGUGUGCUGGACAUGAGCACUUGCAGCAGUGUCAAUUUGUUUAGGAGUACCCACUGGCUUAUUUGAUCUCUUCUGUAGAUAAUCAUUCUAAAAGAAACAACAAAAAUGAUGCAGAAUGCUGACUAACAUAAUAAAAAAGGGAGAAACAUGUAUCAGCUCAUCAUGUUCCAGAAUUGGAUAUAGCUGAUUUCAAUGGAAUGACAUGGAGACUGCCCAUAGUAAAUGGGGAAAAUCUGUUAAUUAGUAAAUGAUCAAAGGUGUUCAAAAAAGAAUUAAAUGUGAUAUGGUUUAUAUCGCUAAAGGGCAAAGGCUGUAUUUACUAUGAAUGCCACAAAGUGGUAGGGGAACCACAUAAAAAUGCAAAACAGCUUCUGGUGCAGAGGACAUUCAUAAAGAACAGCAAAGGGUGCCAAGAUUAAGAGAGCUGCAAGCAGGAAAUAUAAAAAGAAACUUGCAAUAGGAUUUCAAAAUUCGAGCAGAAAAUUUCAAUUUAGGUUCCUUAAUUUGUGAUAUUGUAAGUUAAAAUUUUAAAACGGCAGGUAUGUUUGAAAAAUUACUUUUCAUUGGUAUUUACAGUAAGGAAAGAGAAGAAUACGUCUCAUAACCCAAAGCAACUAACCUGAAAUGGGGAUGCAGAAUAAUUGACAUUUGCAAAUAAAUAUAAUGAAGAAGAUAAAGCUUCAAAGAGGGACAGACUUGCAAGACCAAAUAGCUUCCAUACUAGGAUUUCAAAGCAAGGUGAGAAUUUGCAGAUGCCUUAUUUAUAGUCUCCCAAAAUACUCUUGAGGAACCAUGACUUUAAUUUGGGAAGAUCAUGCAUGUCACUCUCCGAUAGGAGGUGAGAGGCAAAUGUAAGGAAUUCUAGGACAGUUCACUUGAUAUCUAACAGCAUCACAUUUAACACCAGGAAAUGACUAGGGUCUAUAGUUUCGGAUAGGGUGACUGCUUUGAAAUUUUCAGCUGAUCAGAGAGAGCGGGAACAUAGA